AUGACCUCCGUUAUCAUUACUGGCGCAACGGGCACUGCCGGCUCUGCCGUUCUGAACAAUGCCCUCGCAAACCCGCUCAUCUCGCACGUCACUGUCCUCGCCCGCCGAGCUCCCAAGGUGACCAGCGACAAGCUCACGACCGUCAUCAUCCCCUCGGACGAGAACCCCAAGGGCUUCUCAGAGCUCACUCCGGCAACCAUAGCCCAGCUCAAGGGGUCGGACGCGGUGAUCUGGGCUCUGGGCAUUAGCCAGCUGCAGGUGUCCAAGGACGAGUACAACACCAUCACCUACGACUAUACCAAGGAGGCGGCCAAGGCGUUUGCCCCGCUCGGCACCAAGGACAAGCCGUUCCGCUUCGUCUUUGUCUCGGGCAUGGGCGCCGACCAGAGCGGCAAGUCGUCGACGCUGUUCGCAAAGGUCAAGGGACAGGUCGAAAGGGAGCUCGUCGCGGACGAGACGGAGAGCUUCAAGACGGUCAACCUUCGUCCUGGCGGCAUCGUGCCGGCGGCCGACCACGCACACAACCUCAACUUCUUCAACCGCUCCUUCCUCACGGCCUUCAACUGGCUGCUGCCCAGCCAGAUGAUCAAGUCUGAUGACCUGGCAGUUGCGGCUGUCAACCUGGCCGCCGGGCGUGGAUGGGACGAGCGUGAUGCCGAGCACGUCAUUUACAACAAGCAGCUGCUCAAGAUGGCGCAGGACUUUUCGAGCCAGAUGGCUCCCCAGUAG